AUGCUAUCUAGCAGUUACUGUAUAGUAUUACAACAACCGGAACGCUUUAUUGAUCACUUUGUUCUGCAGGAUUUGGAUGAUCUCGACCUCUUUGGAGGCUUCGCGAGUGAUUCCGGGACGAAACCGGUACCACGUGCGGCGAAGCGUGAUCGCAAAGUAGCGGUUAAGGCGGAUGUUAAGAAGGCCAAGCUCUCGGCACCCUCGCCCAAGGUAGAGGAGAUCAAGGAAGACUCAGUAGACAGCAAGAAUGAUGCGAUCGACAGAGAAGACGCAGAGAUGGGUAUAAAGAUAGACGCACCCAAAGGGUUUAAGCCAAUGCUGACCGACUCGAUUGUGUUGGAUACAGAGACAACGGCUGGGUGUAAGCAUCAGGUGGCCGUGCCUGUGGACUACGACUAUGUCCCACUGUCAGAGCAUCAGCCGCCGGCUGAGCCGGCGAAAACAUAUCCUUUCACUCUAGACACCUUCCAGUCACAAGCGGUCAAGUGCCUUGAGCGUAACGAGAGUGUGUUGGUGUCUGCUCACACGUCCGCGGGUAAGACCGUGGUAGCGGAGUAUGCCAUAGCCAUGUCACUACGAGACAAACAGCGAGUCAUCUACACCACUCCUAUCAAAGCAUUGUCCAAUCAGAAGUUCCGAGAGUUUACGGAAGAGUUUGGGGAUGUGGGGCUCAUGACAGGUGAUGUCACAAUCAACCCCACCGCGUCAGUGCUGGUGAUGACGACCGAGAUUUUGCGAUCCAUGUUGUACAGAGGAUCGGAGAUUAUGCGAGAGAUCGGUUGGGUGGUGUUCGAUGAGGUGCACUACAUGAGAGACAGAGAGCGUGGAGUGGUCUGGGAGGAGACACUGAUUUUACUACCAGAUAACAUCCAUCACGUCUUCUUAUCCGCUACGAUCCCCAAUGCGAUUGAGUUCGCCAGAUGGAUCUGCCAACUGCACAAACAACCGUGCCAUGUGGUAUACACUGACUACCGUCCCACGCCACUGCAACACUACAUAUUCCCCGCAGGGGGAGAUGGGCUGUAUCUGGUAGUAGAUGAGAAUGGCACCUUCAAAGACGCCAACUUCAACAAAGCCAUGGCAUCACUCACGGACACCAAAGACAAUGCUGGAAAGGCGGCCGCAGGGGGUAAAGGGAAGGCGAAGAACACGGGUGCGACAUCCGAUAUAUACAAGAUUGUGAAGAUGAUCAUGGACAAGGCAUACCAACCCGUCAUUGUCUUCAGUUUUAGAAAGAGAGAGUGUGAAGCCUAUGCACUGCAGCUGUCGAAGUUGGACUUCAACAGCGAGGAAGACAAAGAAGUCGUUGACCAGAUUGUGGAGAACGCGUUAGAAGGUCUGAGCGAAGAGGACCGCAAACUGCCACAGGUGGAACACAUUAAACCGCUGCUGCGCCGAGGUAUUGGCAUCCAUCACGGAGGUCUACUUCCUCUGCUGAAAGAAAUGAUUGAGAUUCUGUUCCAAGAGGGACUCAUAAAGGCGCUGUUUGCCACAGAGACUUUCGCCAUGGGACUGAAUAUGCCUGCGCGAACAGUCGUGUUCACAAGUGUGAGGAAGUUCGACGGUCAACAGAUGCGCUAUGUCACUGGCGGUGAAUACAUUCAGAUGUCCGGUCGUGCCGGACGUCGUGGCCUCGACAAACAGGGAAUAGUUAUACAAAUGGUGGACGAGAAAAUGGAGCCAGAUGUGGCCAUGAACCUGCUAAGGGGUGGGGCGGAUAAGCUCACCUCGGCCUUCCAUAUCACAUACAACAUGCUGCUCAAUCUACUGAGAAUAGAGGAGUUGAACCCGGAGUACAUGCUAGAACGUUCCUUCCUGCAGUUUCAACACCGCAUCGCAGUGCCUGAGCUGCAAAGGCGCCUGGCGGAGCUCAGCGAAUCAAAAAACGCCUUUAUCAUCGAGAACGAACCCAUUGUAGACGAGUACUGCCAAAUCCGCACCCAGCUGACCAAGUGCCAAACGGAGAUACACGCCAUAGUCACACAGCCUGAGCACGUGGUCCCGUUUUUGCAACCGGGACGGCUGGCCCGGAUAAAGGAGGAUGAAGUGGAUUACGGGUGGGGGUGCAUCGUCAAUUUCCAGAAGAAGUUGAAGGGGAGCAAAGGCACGAUUAGCGCUAAUCCUCAGGACGUUACCUACAUAGUCGAGGUGCUGUUGCUCGUCACAAAGCAGAAGGGUGUGUCUUCUAAACCGGUACCCUUUACCGGGAAGGGAACUGGUAAGGAUACGGGAGAGAUGGUGGUAGUGCCAGUUACACUACAGUCGCUGCACAGUAUAAGCGUGGUCAGGAUACACACGCCCAACGACCUAACUAAGCCAGAGCAUCUGCGUAAGGUGGAGAAGAGUAUUGCGGAAAUGAAGAUCAGGUUUCCCGACGGACUGCCCCUGCUAGACCCUGUGGAAGACAUGCGCAUUCAAUCGACCACGCUUGACAACCUCACCCAACGGGUGGAAACACUGGAGAAGCGUCUGUACGCGCACGUGCUGCACAAUGACGACAGCGCCAAGGACGCGUUUGCCCAGCACGCCCUCAAGGCUAAGGUGCUGCAAGAGAUAGAGAGUGUGGAAAAGGAGCUCAAGAAGACCAACACCGUGGUGGAGAUGGGAGACCUGAAGAUGCGUAAACGGGUGCUGCGGAGGCUCGGGUAUACCUUGCCCGGUGAUGUGAUUGAUUUGAAGGGGCGUGUGGCCUGUGAGAUAUCUACCGGAGAUGAGUUGCUGUUGUCGGAGAUGAUAUUUAACGGCGUUUAUAACGAUCUGAGCGUUGAGCAGUGUACGGCCUUGCUGACCUGCUUUGUGUUUCAAGAAAAAUCGAAGGAAAUGCCCAAAUUAAAGGAAGAGCUAGCUGCACCCCUACGGCAAAUGCAGGAGUCGGCGAGACGCAUUGCGCGAGUGUCAAUCGAAUGCAAGAUGACUGUUGAUGAGGAGGAAUACGUUGAAGGGUUCCGACCAGAGCUGAUGGAUGUAGGCCACGCGUGGUGUAAAGGUGCUACGUUUGGAGAGGUUUGCAAAAUGACGGAUGUCUUUGAGGGAUCCAUCAUCAGAUGCUUGCGAAGGGAAGAAGAGCUGAUGCGACAAAUGUCUCUCGCCGCCAAAGUCAUCGGCAACACCGAACUGGAAGUCAAAUUUGCGCAAGGCAUCCAAAAAAUUAAACGAGACAUCGUAUUCGCCGCCAGUUUAUAUCUGUAGAUGUUACAUAACAUCAUGCAUGGCGUAUACUGCGAUGGGGUACUGGAGGGCUAAAUUUUCGAAUCCGCGAGAUCGCAGUAUUCGGAGUUGCUAGUACGUGCCGAUUUCUUGAUUGAUCGCAAGAACUGGGACAUAUGGAGGUGUAAUAAGUAUCUUCCUAUGUAGUACCCUAAAUAAAUACAAGCCUUGUUGCUGACCACGCCCUCAUCAUCGG